GUUAUACUUGUUUGAUUGUUCAUUUGUGCCCGAGCGAAAUCCUACAACUUAUAUUUAAAGUCUCAAUGUGUGUUCACCGGGCUACCAAAAGCGAUGCUAACUGCUGUUUAGAGCGGUUUUUACACUUGAAGGCCGAGCCUGUGUUUAGGGCGGUGUGACGCGGCGGCCAUCUGGGUGUGUUUGUCUAAAGGAGUCUGAGGGGAGGACUCACUCUCUCCACUCUCCACUCUCCAACUUCAGCUCUACUGUACAGACAGGACUGUCUAUAACUUCAGCUCUACUGUACAGACAGGACUGUCUAUAACUUCAGCUCUACUGUACAGACAGGACUGGGGAGGCACACAGCGAUGGCUGGCGGGCGUGUCUGGGGUGGUUUCAUUGGGCUCCUUGCUCUGUUUGCAUAUAUUGAUGCGGCAAGCCAAACUGUAAACCAGGAGCUGUCUGACAUGUUCGACGUGCUUUGGAAGUUGGAUGUGAAUCGCUUUAAAGCUGGGACAGACUACAGGAUCUCACUGCAGGGCAAAGCUGGUUAUAUACCCAGUGGCAGCACUACUGCAAAAGAUCAUGCCUCAUCUCCUCUGUUCUCCUAUGUGAAUGAGAACAAACUGAAAUCCAUCACUACCUAUGCCUGUUUCAUGAAGCUGUUGGAUAACUAUGAAAGGGCCACCGGUGUGGCUGAGAAAGUGACCUCUGAGGAAGUGACGGAGAAUAACGCUUUCCUGGAUGCCAUCUUGGAGACCGCAGUCAUGAAGCGUGCUCACCAGUAUUUAGUGAAGAAAGGCAAAUCUCACUCCAAUCUGAGACAGUUUAAGAUUCAGCUGUACUACAUGUGGUUUCAUCUUUACCACAGAGAAAGGAAUGGAGGUGAGGACUCCAGUGGAUUUGAACAUGUGUUUGUUGGUGAGACCAAAUUUGGAAAUGAAAUCAUGGGCCUUCACAAUUGGGUCCAGUUUUAUCUUCAGGAAAAGCAGCAUCUGCUUGACUACAAGGGCUACAAAGCCAGACACAAUGAUAUGCCGGAUGAGGAUGACCACGUCUUAAAUGUGCAGUUCAGCUGGCAUGGUCUGGUCAAGCCUGUAGGCAGUACUUUCAUUGGUGUCAGUCCCGAGUUUGAGAUGGCCAUUUUCACCAUUCUGUUCCUCACAUCUACUGAGAAGACCACCAUUGCUGUGGUCAACAUGGCCGAGUAUCAGCUGGAGAUGGUUGUUCACAGACACGGACGCUCCAUCGGGACGUCCUAUCCCAAACUACUGAGCAGCAACAACAGACACAUAUAAAGUUUAUUACAUCUAGCUUUGAUCGUCCUGUUUGCAGCAUACAUAGUAUUUUAACAUUUGCUGACAUUGUUAAAAAGCCAGGACAAGCAAGUGAAAGACAUGCUUUCUGUAGAAAUCAUUACUCAUGUAAUGUCAUGUAGUUUGCUGGUUUGGGGGCAGUAGUAUAAAUGUUGCUGAAAAAAAAGCUGAACUGCUGAGAUGUUUGUGCAUGUAUUCAGAAACUGCUUUUAAUGUUUUAGAGGAACCUUCUGAAGAUUUUUUUCUUCUUUUAACUGUUUGAAACUGCAUUAUCUCAUUCUUUCUAGAAUUUUAACUGAUGUAAACAGCUUAGUUAAAACUUUUUGGCUUCAUCUCUUCAUCACGUUGUGUUUUGUUCUGUUUGUAAAGAUCACAAUUUCAGGAGAAAGGCUUUCUGGAUUUCUUCUUUUACUCUUGGUUAUAUACACACAUUGCUUGUUAUGGAAUAAUUAGAACAAUUAAACAAUAGAAAUAAAUUAGCUGUUACGUAUUUGGUCCAAAAUGUCUGACAAACAAUGACUCCACUAAAUCUGCAGACCACUGAUGUAAACUCCCACACAUUGCCAAGCCUUGGCAAUAUUUGUUUUUUGUGUAGGAAGCGUUCUAAUUUCAGCAAGUGAAAUGCAUGAUGAAAUAAUUAAACUUAUUGUC